UGUUGGUGGGCGGGACCACGACCUGCGAUCGCACCCUGAACUGGCUCCCUCAGCCCGGAACUUCCUGGAGCCUGCGCGUGCAGAUGGCGUCACCUGGAACUUGAUCGGCUCCACGAGGGUAUCGGAGAUCUGACAAUGGCCAAGAACAAACUAAGAGGGCAGAAGUCCAGGAAUGUGUUCCACAUAGCCAGCCAAAAAAGCUUUAAGGUUAAAAAUAAAGCAAAACCAGUUACCACUAAUCUUAAGAAGAUAAACAUUGUGAAUGAUGAAAAAAUUAACAGAAUGAAUAAAGCUUUUGUAGAUAUACAAAAGGAACUUGCAAACUUCUCAAAAGGCCUUUCCCUCGAGCCUCUGCAGAAACAGCUGAUUCCUCAGCAGCAUCAUGAAAACAACCCAGUUAAUGUUGAUGAAGCUACAAGAUUAAUGGCUCAGUUGUAAUACACUGGUGAUGCACCAAAUUCCCCAAAAAGACCAAUAAAUUAAAUGUUUUAUACAA